GGCCGAGUUAUGCAGCGGCAGCGACCAAUGCGCUUCGGCGGGUGGAGCUGCGCGCGCGCUGAGUGGGUGAAGGUGUAGGGUUGAGGGGCGUCGCUCUGGGUAGGAGCCAGGCGGCGGCGUCUGUUGUGCUGAGUCUUCUGCGGACUGGACUGGCGAUGGCCGCGUUUCCCGGCUCGACGGCUCCGGCGAGGCCCAGCGGCGGCUCUUGCUCCGUGCACUGGUUCCGGCGAGGCUUGCGGCUUCACGACAACCCCGCGCUGCAGGCGGCCAUCCGGGAUGGCGGCUCCGUGCGCUGUAUCUACAUCUUGGACCCCUGGUUCGCGGCCUCCUCCUCUGUGGGCAUCAACCGCUGGCGGUUUUUGCUACAAUCGCUGGAAGACUUGGACAACAGCUUAAGAAAACUCAACUCCCGCUUGUUUGUAGUACGGGGCCAACCCACUGAUGUCUUUCCAAGACUCUUUAAAGAAUGGGGUAUAACCCGUCUUACUUUUGAAUAUGACUCAGAACCCUUUGGAAAAGAGAGAGAUGCAGCUAUAGUGAAGUUAGCUAAAGAAGCUGGAGUAGAGGUGGCAGUGGAGAAUUCACAUACCCUUUAUGACUUGGACAGGAUAAUUGAACUGAAUGGACACAAGCCUCCUCUCACCUAUAAACGUUUCCAAGCUAUCAUUAGCCGGAUGGAACUUCCCAAGAAACCAGUCAGCAGCAUAACAAGUCAGCAGAUGGAGAAGUGCAAGACUGAGAUUCAAGAGAAUCAUGAUGAUACGUAUGGCGUUCCAUCCCUGGAGGAGCUAGGUUUUCCCACUGAGGGUCUUGCUCCAGCUGUUUGGCAAGGAGGGGAGACUGAAGCCUUAACACGUCUGGAUAAGCACCUCGAAAGAAAGGCAUGGGUUGCAAACUAUGAAAAACCACGGAUGAAUGCUAAUUCAUUGCUGGCCAGCCCUACAGGGCUCAGUCCCUACCUUCGGUUUGGUUGCUUGUCCUGCCGCUUAUUCUACUAUCGUCUUUGGGAACUAUACAAAAAGGUGAAACGGAACAGCAGUCCACCACUCUCCCUAUACGGCCAGUUACUCUGGAGAGAAUUUUUUUAUACAGCUGCCACAAACAAUCCCAAAUUUGAUCGUAUGGAUGGGAAUCCGAUCUGUAUCCAGAUCCCAUGGGACAGGAAUCCUGAAGCCUUGGCAAAAUGGGCAGAAGGCAAGACGGGCUUCCCCUGGAUUGAUGCCAUCAUGACGCAAUUGAGACAGGAGGGUUGGAUUCAUCAUCUGGCCCGGCAUGCUGUCGCCUGCUUUCUGACCAGAGGUGACCUGUGGAUCAGCUGGGAGUCUGGAGUGCGGGUAUUUGAUGAGUUGCUGCUGGAUGCAGACUUCAGUGUGAAUUCAGGAAGCUGGAUGUGGCUUUCUUGCAGUGCUUUCUUCCAACAGUUCUUCCAUUGCUAUUGUCCUGUUGGCUUUGGACGUCGUACAGAUCCCAGUGGUGACUAUGUCAGGCGAUAUCUGCCCAAGUUGAAAGGCUUUCCCUCACGAUAUAUUUAUGAGCCCUGGAAUGCUCCUGAGUCAGUGCAGAAGGCAGCAAAAUGUAUCAUUGGGGUGGAUUAUCCCAAACCCAUGGUGAACCAUGCAGAGACCAGCCGACUGAACAUCGAGCGAAUGAAACAGAUCUACCAGCAACUUUCGCGCUACAGAGGCCUUUGUUUACUAGCCUCUGUCCCUUCCUGCAUGGAAGACCUCGGCAGUCCAGUCACAGACCCUUCUGCAGUCCAGGGAAACUGCACCAGUACAGUACCAAGGCUGUACCACUGUGGCCAAACUUCUCCAAAACGGAAGUAUGAUGUGGUUGUAGAGGAGCGCAACGAAGAGCUAUACAAACGAGCCAGGGUGAUGGCCCUGCAAAUUCCAAAGAAUCCACAGCAAGAACUUGUGAGAGAUCCUGAAAUGGGAAAUUGACAAGGCAAAAAUCGUGUACCGGAGCAGCCACUACAAUAGUAGAGAAGUGUUUCUGCCAGUAGGAUCAGAACAUUGACCAGCUUCACCUGUCGAAUGUCUGUUUGCAUGUAUAACCCAGAUGGCUACCACACAAGGAUUCUGCAACCUCUGUUCAGGAUGUAGUGAGCAAGAUUCAUCAAUAAACUAAAGCCCAGGGAACAAAUCUCUGGCUUUCUUGAUAUACAUUUGGAAUAAGCCAAGAAAAGACACUGGAGUGAAAUCUACUCAUUCCUAAGUAUAUCCCAGCUACCUUGUAUGGGAUCCACUUGUUGCUCCAUUUGAGAGCAUCUUUCUUGAGGAUUCUCUCAUCACUGUUGAUUGAUUAACAGGUGAACAGAGAUGAACCAUGCAAAAAUAUUUCAUGGUGCUCAACAUACGGUAGUUCUAGGAACCUGCACCUAUUAAACACUCCAACACACACACACACACUUGAAAUUCAGACAGGAAUAACGUCAUGUACCAGAUGGGUGCAUCAAUAAAAGAAUGCAUAGGCUGCCAUAAGGUAGCAUUGAGUAACAGUUACAGUGACCAAUUUGACCUAGGACAGCAAUAGUAAGAUUGUAAAAAGGGCAAUAACUACACUGUUAGACCAGAAAGGCCACUCUGGCCCUCCCACCACUUGAUGUUCAUAUUACUACUCAUUGGUUCUGAAAUGAGGUAUUCUAGGCACUUGGAUCGUUUGCCUACGGGCAGGGUUGUAUAUAUGUUGCAAUUCUUCAGAAGCAUUUAAAAGGCUACAGAGUUCUGCUUCCAUAAAAUCUCAGCUUUCAUUUGUUUACAGAAGCAAGUUUCAACUAUAAAAAUGUGCUUGAAAGUAUGUACAUAAUGUCUGAAAUAUCAGACACCAGAGGAGUUGCUGAACAAAAUUUCCAGAAGUCGGAAGGGGCAGCUUCUGUGUGCUUUAGCUCCUGGCCUCUGCCAUGACUAGCAGAAACAGAAUAAAUUAAGCAGAAUAAGAGAAAUUGCAUGAACUUACUUGCAUAAGUUACACACUUCACAAAACUCUGCUUUGUCGUGACAGAAAUUAGAUUACUUCAGCAUUUUUAAAGAAGCAGAGGAUUAACACAGUCCUGCCUAUUUGUAAAUUUUCUUCCUGUUAGUAAACUCCUCAGGAGCUUUGCUUGGUGUGUGAUGGGAGGAGACUUUUCUGCAGUCCUUACAGUGCAGAAUUGUCAUCCUUAUUGCAAGAAGCUCCUGGAGCUGAUUUAACCAAGUCUGUUGUGGUGACUUGUGCAGAUUCAGUGUGCCAUUGGGGUGAAGCGAAGUUGAAAGCUCUCUUCUGUAUGUGUGUUUUUUUCUUCAGCAAUUCCCUUCUGGUGUGGUUUAUUCCCCGCUUUCCAGCUGUAGGUUGCAGUUCAUUUGCAUCUCUCUUUAAAUACUCCCUGAAUUCCAUGCUUUGCACUACAUGCUUGCCCUCACCGUAUUGAGCACUUGGAAUUCUAACUUUGUAGUUCCUUCAGAUUAUUUAUCACAUUCCCUUCAUUUGUCUCCAGUAUAGCCUUGGCAGGGCUGCUGACCCCUUCCCUGGCCCAGAGCAGUCCAAAAUAUCAUGUUUUUGUGACCUUGAGAAGAGACUGUUUGAUGUAGCUGGUACCAUGCAGUGAAAUGAGUUGUCCAAAGUAGUAUUUUUUUUUUCAGUGUAAAAACCACUUUGAUCAUGUAGCACUUAGAUUCAAAGAAGCUUAUCACAUGGUUUUUCAGCAGUAUAUGGAGCUACAACACACCCAGAUGGCCUACUCUCUUCUUACGGGAUCAUUGACUUUGUUAAAGAUGGGGAUCUAUGCUUUGGACCAUUGAAAAGGUGAAGGACAAACUCUACGAUACCCCAGACUUUGUAGACAUGGGACAGGGAUGCAUUUUUAGAAGUUGUAUCAUUAAAAUUAAGGUGAAUGUAGAAAACCAUUUUUAGUAGCUCUUCUCUGGAAAUCUUAUUCAAGACACUUUUCUAGUGAAAGACUUGGGCACAUUUCCCAAGCAGACAGAUUACCUCUUCAGGCCUCAUGUUGGUGUCCUUACUUUCUAAGCCAUUAUUCCUGACUCCACCUCAAGAGAGCCAAGAAUAAUUCAUUUUAUUUGGUGUCCUGUUAAGUGUGAGCGCUGGAAGAUAUUCCCCUCGGGAUGGAGCUGCUCUGGGAAAAGCAGAAGGUUCCAAGUUCCCUCCCUGGCAUCUCCAAGAUAGGGCUGAGAGAGAUUCCUGCCUGCAACCUUGGAGAAGCUGCUGCCAGUCUGUGUAGACCAUACUGAGCUAGAUAGACCAAUGGUCUGUCUCAGUAUAUGGCAGUUUCCUAUGUUCCUUCUAAAUAUUUAGCCACAAACUGAUUGUGGUGGAGGGAAGGAGAAGGGGAUAGCCCUGUUCUAUACGACAGAGUAGGAAAGAAAUGCACUUUCUACACUUCAAAUUCAGAAACGGUGACUUCUCUAAUUUGAAAUGUUUUCCUGCUUUUACAAUUGUUGUGUACCUAAUAACUUGUUUUAUAAAUGUCUUUAUCCCUCUA